AUGUCGAUUCGUACGUAUCGGUUUGUGCGUCCCGAUUCGUAUGUCGGCUAUUUGCCUGUCGAUUCGUAUGUCGGUUUGAUUGUCGAAUUUCCUGGGGUUUUAAUUGAUCGCUUCAAGGGUGACAACCUCAAAUCUACGGUUUAUUUUCUUUCGCACUGGUACGAGACUCAUACCCUAAUUGUCACUUUUAUGCCUGCAGGUCACUGUCCAGGUUCAGUAAUGUUCUUACUAGUUUCCAAAGAAAAAUCAGUCCUUUUUACUGGCGAUUUCAGAUGGCAACCAUCUUUCAAGCCGUGUCCGCAUGGCUCUGUUCAUUUCAAAACAAUGUGGUCCAUUUUUGUAACAAAACCCGCCUGCUACGGCUAUGAGUUUUUGAUGAAAGAGCUUGCACUUAGAUUCAACACUAAAGUUCACGUUUCAUUAGCUGACGAAAUAAUUGAUUUCCUUUGGAGUCUGCAGUUCAAAAGUUCUACCCCCUUCGUUUAG